CAGCGACGAGCAUUAAUGAACCGGUUAUUUGAACAAACGUCACACGGAAUCUAUGUGUUGAGUCAAAACUAAUUUACGGGAGUGCCGGGGGUUGAUAGCGUAAUACAAGGUGUGGCAAACCACUCCUAGGAAUAGAGACAAUUAGUUUUUAUUCCGAGUGAACCGUUUAGCGGACCCGUCGUAUUUACAAACGUUUUUAUUGUAUAUAUUUGUUAAUAAAGUAUAACCACAAUGGAGAUUGGAGAGAAGAUCUUCGCGGGUAUGGAGGAACCGCAAUGGCUGGAGCAGAAAGUUAUGGGGGAACUGAAGCUCUGGCACAUUAUGUUCCUUUGUUUAGGCGUGGUGACAGUUAUGAUCGUGAUGGUGUGUUGCUGCUUCCGGUUCCGGAUUCCCCGCACUAAGCAGCAGAUAGAGGCGGACUACCAGCGGCGGAAGAUAACCGCCAAGUUCCGCCAUCAGCUAGAGACUAUACAGGACAACAAGAUGGACGCCAUGUCGCUCACUGACGCGUUGGAGUUGCUCUACGAGAAGACGGACAAAUCUAAACCUAUGGAUAACAACGGGUCACAGCAGAGCUCGGUCGUUUCGCCGCAGCAAAGUUCGCUGGAUGCGGCGUUUCCCGAGGGGCAGCCGCAGAAGCCCGAGCCGCAGGUAGCGGGGCUCAGCUUCGUGAAGUUCGCCACCAAGGUCAGCCACCUCGCCAAGCUGGGCGGCAAGACCCAGGACCCGCCCCAGCCCACCAAGAUGGACUUUUAAAUACACU